AUGUCGGACGAUGUUCGAGCUGCCACGCCGUCAACGGCUUCGGGCAGCUACCGCUUGAAGACACACGAGCUGGCGCCUGUUCUCCUCCCCAGGCCUCGGGCAUCCUCCUUACCUUCUUCACUUGUCCGUGCAGAGCGAAAGGCGUUCGAUGCAGAGCCCCCUCGUGGAGUACGUGGCUCGAUCAUUCGAGGAAAUCCGCCUCAUCGAGGUCGAAAUGUGCUUGAGUCUGCUGCUUUCGACCCAUUCAUCCACUCCGAAAGCUUCAAGUUGCUGCUGCAGAACCCAGAGAAUAGUAGAAUACGACGCGAGAGUCCUAGAGCUGUGACGGAGUUUUAUCAGUGGGUGUCGCAGCAUUUCCACCAACUUGUGCGCACGUUUCGAUCGCUGGGUAUGAUCGAUGCAGAAACAGCGACCUCAACUACCGCCUGGAGACGUAUACUACGACACGCGACUGUGCUCUCAGCGACGCCAGGCGAGACGAUCGCAGCGCAGAGUACGACACGUACCGAGAGCGUAUAUUUCCUUCUUAACGGACAAUGCGAGCUCUCGUUCCGACCAGUCCUUGUACCGGAUGACAAGAUACCGUCUACUCCAUCAACUUUACCGAGGAUGUCCACAGGAGUGGUACAUCAUCCUGCUCUACCAGUACGAGAGCUUACCGCGGGUGAUUGUUUCGGCCUCGAUGCUGCAGUGUUCGGCUGCGAAUACCAUCUCUCAACCGCCACAGCAGGAAGUGCCCGACAGCGGAAUCUCCUGGGUCUUCGAGAAAAUGCGCUCACACACGUUCUGUGCUUGCCGUACUGCGUCGUUCAGCAGCUCCAGCGUCGACACCAAGUCGGCAUCACACGGCUACCACCGUCCGCUAUCUCUUUCGCACCAGAAGCAGAAAGGUUUCUACGCAACACGUUCCUCUUUCGAUCGAUGGCAGACUCCUCUCGACGCUUUCUAGCGGCUCAUUUACACCCAGUUACCAUCGAGCAACAGGAAUAUCUCUUCACUCCUGGCCAACCAGUACGCGUGUUCCUCGUGAUCUCCGGACAACUCACUCUAGGAUCUCCUCGCCAAGGAAGCAAGCAAGAGCCAGAUCUGGAACUAGAACUGCUACAGACUCAUGAUUCUGUCGGAAUAGCGGAGACCUUGCGACUGGCAAUGUCGUUUGAACGGUACUGCGCUGUGACGUCAGUACACGGUGCACGAGCGUAUAGUUUGCCCUCGACCGUGUUGCUCAUGGUCUUGGCACAAGAAUCCUCGUCCUUGAAGCUGUUUCAGGAGUGGACAACACACCGAAGAGCCUGCUCAGCGACGCAGUAA